AUGAUGCUCAUUGAUUUGUUGUGCAUGCACGUACUGCAGGUUGCUGCAAAGAAGCUCCGUACAAGGCUUUCACAGCUUGGUGCAAAAUCGAUCAUGGUGAUUGGAUUGGGAGAUGACCAAGACUCUUCAGGAUAUGAAAAAGCUCUAGGUCCUUGGCUGCUCUCUUUCUGGAAAUCACUGAAUCGAACAAAUCCGUCGCUUUUACCAAGAAUUCAGGCUCGUCCGCGUUGUGUCCGUGCACAUCAGCGCCUCUACCACAAACAUUCAGAAAAAAGAGGAUUCCCCUAG